AUGGCCAUCAAAUUGGUUGAACACGUCAAGGCACGCACCAGGAGCGUCCAGCUCGACAAGUCCACCGCAUAUGAUGCCUCCAGGAGAUACAGCAGCCUGCCGGCAACCGUCGACAUGGUCAUGGGACAAGCCAAGGAAAACGCCAGGUCUGUCUCGAAAGCUUCCUCCGACUCGACUGUCACUGUUCGCCGCUACAAGAGCUUGCUUGACGUGGACGGUGCACCCAAGAUUGGGCCCAACAACCCGAUAUCAUACGAGGAUCUUUAUCAAAACACCCGGCACAAUGCUCAACCUUCCAAACGGCCUCGACCGGAACCCACCCGGGAGCCCAAGGACCCCAAUUCGACUGCCAAUGUGGACGAAGCUCUAUCAAACGGCCCGCCAGCAUCUGGUGGUGCCCCCUCGGCCCCUUCCAGUGAUCUUAGGAACAUUGUUCGCCGCAAGCUAACUGGCUAUGUCGGCUUUGCCAACCUGCCUAACCAAUGGCACCGCAAGAGUGUCCGCAAGGGCUUCAACUUCAACGUGAUGGUUGUUGGUGAAUCCGGACUUGGAAAGUCAACCCUCGUCAACACCCUCUUCAACACCUCCCUGUAUCCUCCCAAGGAGCGCAAGGGACCUAGCCUCGACAUCCUUCCCAAGACUGUCCAGAUCCAAUCCAUCAGCGCCGACAUCGAGGAGGCUGGCGUUCGUCUCCGCUUGACCGUCGUCGACACCCCUGGCUUCGGUGACUUUGUUAACAAUGACGAGUCCUGGCGCCCGAUUGUCGACAACAUUGAGCAGCGUUACGACGCUUACCUCGACGCCGAGAACAAGGUCAACCGCAUGAACAUUGUGGACAACCGUAUCCAUGCCUGCGUCUUCUUCAUUCAGCCGACUGGCCACUCCCUGAAGCCUCUCGACAUCGAGGUCAUGCGUCGCCUUCACACCAAGGUUAACCUCAUCCCCGUCAUUGCCAAGGCUGAUACCCUCACCGAUGAGGAGAUUGCCAACUUCAAGUCCAGAAUUCUUUCCGACAUCAAGUACCACGAUAUCCAGAUCUUCGAGGGCCCGCGCUACGAGCUCGACGACGAGGAGACCAUUGCCGAGAACAAUGAGAUCAUGUCUAAGGUUCCUUUCGCUGUGGUCGGUGCUACCAACGAGAUCACCAACGCCGACGGCCGCAAGGUCCGCGGACGUAGCUACCCCUGGGGUGUCAUUGAGGUCGACAAUGAGGAGCACUGCGACUUCGUCAAGCUCCGCCAGAUGCUCAUCCGUACCCACAUGGAGGAGCUCAAGGAGCACACCAACAACAGCCUGUACGAGAACUACCGUACCGACAAGCUCAUCGGCAUGGGUGUGUCGCAAGACCCCAGCGUUUUCAAGGAGGUCAACCCUGCCGUCAAGCAGGAGGAGGAGCGCGCCCUGCACGAGCAGAAGCUCGCCAAGAUGGAGGCCGAGAUGAAGAUGGUCUUCCAACAGAAGGUCGCCGAGAAGGAGAGCAAGCUGAAGCAGAGCGAAGAAGAGCUCUACUCUCGCCACAGAGAGAUGAAGGAGCAGUUGGAGCGCCAACGCAUGGAGCUCGAAGAGAAGAAGCAAAGAGUCGAGAGCGGUCGGCCCAUCGAGAAGGAAGGCAAGCGGAAGGGCUUCUCGCUUCGUUAA